AAAUUGAGCCGGGCAGCCCAUGAUGUAUAUAGGGUUUAUUAUGUUAUGGGGCGGGUGAGUGAUUAUGAUUAUAAAUAAGGAAGAUAGUACGUAAUUGUUAAUUGUGAUUCUUUGAAAUUGAAUAUCGAUCGAUGGAUAGAGUUUUGUUGCAGGAAAGCACUGUUGAAGGAGAUGAUCUCGUGGAUCUUAAAUCGGAACGGAAACAUGUUGAAAUAGGUACACGGCUGAAAUUGGAACGGAAACAUGUUCAAAGAGGCAAGCGGCUGAAAAUAACACAUGAUAGAGUCCGCGAUCGUGCGAAUUUAAGGCAGGCUGGAAAACUAAGUGUAUGGAUCUCUUCAAUUUUGAUGAUUAAUGAAAGAGGUAAGCGGCUGAAAUUGAAACGUAAACGUGUUGAAGAUGAUCUUGUGGAUAUGAAAUCGGAACGGAAACAUGUUGAAAGAGGUAAACGGCUGAAAUCGGCACGGAAACAUGUUGAAAGAGGCAAGCGGCUGAAAUCUGAACGGAAACAUGUCGAAAGCGGUACGCGGCUGAAAUCGGAACCGGAACGGAAACAAACAGGGAAACGAUACCCAAGUCCCUUUGAUGUCAUUGCUGCCCCUCCGCCGCAGUCAUUUUUACCUGGUAGAACUGCUAGAGCUGGUAGUCUGUGUCCCGUUCGCAUAACUGAUGAAAAUCGCGGUUUUCUCAUUAAACUUUCCAAACUGGCUUUGGAAAAGUACAAUGAUGACAACAAUCAGGUUCUAAACAACGGUGACAACAAUCAGGAUCCACAAUUUGAGUUUGAUGAGCUUGUCAGGUCAAACGUAGGAAGUUGUGCUGGUAGUAAGUAUUUUAUUACCUUUAAAGCAAAACGAUCUUCCGAGACCUCUUCUACAAUUUUCCAGGCCAUUAUUGUCUGGAGAAGCUUCGAAGGGUCAUCUCAGGUCCUGUCUUGUGACAUCAAAACCUAACCAUGGAAGGUUGAGUCAUUUGGUCUUGGAUGUUUGCUAUGAAUUCCAUUGUGUAUUUUGUUCCUUUUGUGUUUAACUUAAGAAUACCGUGGGUUAUUGAACUCCUAAAUCAAGAGGCUAAACUAUCACUUCUAUCACUUAAAUCCCUACUUUCACUGCUUUUAUGAGGGCCUGAUCUGAGAUUAAUCAGAUAGAUAACUUAUAUUGUCCAUAGUUUGAUACUCUUUUUGUGGAAUGAAUGAAUGAUUGUUAUCAGGUUCA